AAAAUAUAGAUCCUCUCUGACAGUAGGUGAUUGCUUUGGUAUGGGGAAGACUGCUUACAAUGAUGGAGACUACUAUCACACAGUACUCUGGAUGGAACAAGCCUUAAAACAACACGAUGAGGGGGAGGAUACAACAGUCAGCAAAGUGGAGAUCCUAGAUUAUCUCAGCUAUGCUGUUUUCCAGUUUGGGGAUUUACACAGAGCUAUGGAGCUUACCAGACGUCUGAUAUCCCUUGACAGUACUCAUGAGAGAGCAGGCAGCAAUCUGCGGUACUUUGAGAAGUUGCUGGAGAAGGAGAGAGAGGAGAAGGAGAAAGAGAAGUCAAACAAGACCAUGAUGACAACAGAACCAGUGGUGCAAAGUGGUGCCUAUGAGAGGCCUCUUGACUACUUGCCAGAGCGUGAUAUCUAUGAGGCCCUUUGCAGAGGUGAAGGGGUAAAAAUGACACCUCGAAGACAGAAAAGGCUGUUUUGUAGAUACCAUGAUGGAAACAGAAACCCUCAUCUGCUCAUAGCUCCCUUUAAGGAAGAAGAUGAAUGGGAUAGCCCUCAUAUUGUACGCUACUAUGAUGUCAUGUCUGAUGAAGAAAUUGAGAAAAUUAAACAACUAGCUAAGCCAAGGCUGUCACGAGCCACAGUACGUGAUCCCAAAACUGGUGUCCUUACAGUGGCUAGCUACAGGGUAUCAAAAAGCUCGUGGUUGGAAGAAGAUGAUGAUCCUGUUGUGGCCAAGGUGAAUCAACGCAUGCAGCAGAUCACAGGGUUAACAGUGAAAACAGCUGAACUGUUGCAGGUUGCCAACUAUGGAAUGGGAGGGCAGUAUGAGCCACACUUCGAUUUUUCUAGGCGACCCUUUGACAGCACACUCAAAUCGGAAGGAAAUAGGCUAGCGACGUUUCUUAACUAUAUGAGUGAUGUAGAAGCUGGAGGAGCUACAGUUUUCCCAGAUUUUGGGGCAGCAAUAUGGCCCAAGAAGGGCACAGCAGUAUUUUGGUACAAUCUUUUCAGAAGUGGCGAGGGUGAUUAUAGAACGAGGCAUGCGGCUUGUCCAGUGCUAGUAGGGUGUAAAUGGGUUUCGAACAAAUGGUUUCACGAAAGAGGAAAUGAAUUCUUAAGACCUUGUGGGAGAACAGAAGUUGACUGAAACCCAACCUGCUGCUGGCCUUUGAUUCUGUCUCCUUUUCUACUGUUUGUUCUUCCAGUUCAUUUCUAAGAAAUGAUCCAUCUUUUUUUUUUUUUCUCCAAGAGUCCUGGCACUUUACCCCAAAAAAAAGGACAACAAAAUAUGUAACACCUGUGAAAGAAAGAAAGUAAAUGGCAUUGUACACAUACUUGUGUUUUGGUUGCUGUUCUUUCCAUGUUCCUCCUGCCCCUGCCAUCCUCCUUUGACCUGCCUUCUGCCCUCCCAACUUUCUCUGUAGUAGUGGUGCAAACAGUGCUGUGGGAGAUUCGGUGUGUUUGGGUGCCUGGUCUUGUGCCUUUUGUACCUCAGAAGAUUUAGAUGUUAAAUAUUUCUUUGAACCAAAGGGGUUGGUUUUUUUUAAGUUUUGUGUACAUGUUGAUUUUAUUGUAUUUCUAUGGAUCACAAGUUUUGAAACAAAAAUAAAUGUUCUUUC